AGGGUCCAGCUGCUGCUGCAGUUGUGCCACCGCGCGGACGCCGCGGCCAUGGGGGCACUGCCCUACUUCGACAUCUCCUGGGCCUUGAUCGUCGCCGUGGCGGCCGAGGGCGACCACGGCGGCGGCGGCGCCGCCCUCCUCGAGCACCCAGCGCCGAGCUGCCGCCCACUAUGGGGCGCGACGGCGGAACUGACGCGGCUUCUUUCGGAGGAGUUGGGGCGGCUGGAGCUGAGGUCGUCGUUUGUGCACGGGGAGCUUAUGCCCAGCAUCUGCGGCAAAGGAAGCCACAAGGCGCCCUCGCCAGACGACCUGCCCGCGACUGGGCUCCAGGCCGCGGUGCGACACCAGGCUGGAGAAAUCGUGGCGAGGCAGCGCAACAUCUCCGGCGCGGUCGACUGGGGUGCCGCCUGCACAGGUGCAGACCACGAUGCCGAGGAUUCGGACGUCCCGAAUGACAAGGAUGCUUCGCCCUUCUGCCCCCGGGUCCUGUUUCAGGCGACGAUCAAGGCGACCAAGCCAGACCUGCUGAGUGCGCUGCUCCUGGAGUCGGGCACCGACGUGCACGCGGUGGACCUCAAGGGCAAUUCGGUCAUGCACUUCUGGGCCCGCGCCACGAUAGGGAGGGACCACCUCAUGACGAUCGGCGCGGAACUCCUGGGUGCUGGCGCGGACCUGAACGCGCAGCGCACAGACGGCAUGUCCCCGCUGCACCACGUAUCCGCCAGAACAGCCGCCGCGGGUGGCUCAACUUCCACAAGGCUGUCUUCCUCCUCGAGCACGGCGCCAAGCCGUGGCUGCGCACCCGCAUCGGCCAGCUCCCCGGGGACAUGCUGCGCGGGGACGACACCCGGCUUUCGACGCAGCGCCUCAAGCUGUUGGAGAUCUCGUAAGAGAUUUGCUCGAGGACCGAACCGUGACAUGGAGAGCAGAACGGGUCGUUGCGUCGUCGUUGAUCACUCUUCCUUGUACCGUCAUUUCUCUUGAUCAGCUUAACGGAUUGUUGUGAUCUCAUCCGAAAGACACAUCAUGAGCGAUGAUGCCUUUAUUUUGCCAUCAUCACUUCAUCCCACCUUCGCCGGGAAUCACGUUCUUCUGGCGAAUGACUGGUUGACAGCCAAAAUUUUAAUUGAUGGAUCAUAUGCGCAAGCGAUUGCAGUCAAUGGUGCGAGCGAAAUUGUUUCUAUGGUGAAUGCCCAUGAGCGGACUAAUGUAUGUUUUCUCGUUUCUCGAUGGCCCACUCGUUCCAACGUUCGACGGCGAAUCAACUUUGGCUCAGCCGACAGAGAAAGGGGGGCGAAAUGGUUCGCGAUUUGUCCGCUAUCUUUGAGGACGAUGAUAUCACAUCUGACAGUCCAUAUUGGUUUCCCAAACUUAUCACGUAGGAAACAACACAGGAGAGACACCUGGUGCGAAGCGCCAUACGGCGCCUGGGAAUGUCAGUAUGGGCCAGGACUCCCCCGUCCCAAUCGUCGGCGUGACAGGAGACACGGUCGACGAGCGACGACGCCCAGCUGGGG